CUCAUUCCGGAUUAAUACAGCCUCAUCACCAGAGAUCGAGCGCGAGCAGUGAUCACAGCGUCGGGCUGUAUCAUUGACGGUCUGCUGCGUGUGCGCACGACUCAAAAGGCGGACUUGGGUCUGGCGGCGGAGAAGUUAAAAUGCCACGGUAAAACAGCACGAUCGCUCAGACUGACAGGUGACGCCACUUUUUGCGACGAGGAAACAACGGGCCCCAAGAUUUCUGCAGAUCGAACCGAGCGAGGAUUGGAUGCUUGGGUGAUGUGAUUGUCUCCGUGCUGAAUCGUGUCAGCUAGGAUAUGAAUGGUCUCAGUGUUGUGAGACAGCACUCUGACUACGCCACCCCCGGGGCUACACAGGAUGGGGCAUAACGGGGUUGUGAUAACGGCAGACUCUACGAGCAACACGUAAACGCCAAGAGUGAGUUCUGCAGUGUUGAGUUUGGAAUUUUUUACGCUGGUUACCUGAAACCUUCAGAGGAGAAAAAUCGGCUUUCAUAACAGGUAUUACUCCGUGUCUGAAACCAUUCACCUGAUUUUGAAAGAGCUGCCAAACACGAAUUUAUUUCAACUUUUGGCCAUCACAGAUUAUGCUACAAAUUGAACCUUUCCCUUGAGCAACUGCACCAAGUUUGAACAUUGACUCUAACUCUUGACCGCCCACAUCGGCAUUGUGAUUUGAAAUACCACUCUUUGUGUCAAAGAGUGUCGGGAGUGAAGGGUUUGGUACUUUAAAAGACUUUGGAGAAGCCGUUUUGAGUGCCGCUAGAGUGCGCCGGAUGCGUGGAUUGAUUUGAUGAUUAGUGUGUGCCGUGUGUUGGUACGAAGAAGGUUCUUGGAACUACACGUACCAACCCGCGUGUGGUCCUCUUACGAGCAUACGCAAUACGCCUAUAUGUACUUUCCUAUUCACUCAGUGUACUAAACACAGUAAUACAGGUUCUAUAGAAAUUGACAGUUUCUGACAGGAUUGAUUUCUCUCUCGGAAAACAAUUGGAAAGCUGUUUCAGAAUACUGGGAGAGCUGUUUCCGGGUGUGAAAGACAUUUGAUGCCAAUGCGUCAUGGAUUUCUUCAACUCCACGGUAAACUGGACAACGAACAGCACAGAAAUGACCCCAUCCGUCACCUUUCCUUUCCCACCCAGCGGAUACAACAUGGCCCACAUCAUUGUGUGGAGCAUCGUGGUGGGCUUGAUUGUGGUCGGCAUCGUGUUCGGGAACUCGCUUGUCUGCAUAUCCGUCGUCCGGGUGCGGGCGCUCAAGGGCACCCAGUACCGGUUCCUAGUGUCGCUGGCCCUGGCUGACUUGAUGGUGGGCAUUCUCAUAAUCCCCCUGAGCAUCACCAACGAGCUCCUGGGCUGCUGGGUGUUUGGUACCUUCCUCUGCCUCAUGUGGAAGGUCGUUGACGUGUUGGCCUGCACGGCCUCCAUUCUUAACUUGUGCCUUAUCAGUCUGGAUCGCUACUACUCCAUCACCCGGCCCAUCAAGUACGCCAAGUGGCGCACACACCGCCGCGCGUAUUUCAUGAUCGGCGCGGUGUGGACGUUGUCUUUCAUCAUCUCCGUACCUCCGCUGUUCGGUUGGAGGAACGACGACAGAACCGUCAACGGAUACUUUCUGUGCGAGGUGAGCAAGGACCCUGGCUACGUACUCUACUCCUCCAUGGGCUCGUUCUUCAUUCCCGCGAUAGUCAUGGUUUUUGUGUACAUCCGUAUAUGGCGGGCGGCAAAGAGACACGCAAGGACGAGUCUCGGGCAGGGCAUCGGCGACCCCAGGCCAAGCCAGGCGGGCAACUGCGGCCGGUCCACGGCCUACGAGCUGGUCGACACGGACGAGGCGUCCAGCCAGGCGGCCAGCGCCAUGCUGCGGUUGGACAAGAACCGCAACAGCCAGAACGAGGGUAGACGGUCACCGCAGGAGCUUCCCGGCGAUAGAGACGGCAUCCGGCGAUUCGCGAAUAAUUCCAUGCUGUCCCCAAACUCGGCGAGCGCUGACCUACGCCGGAGGACCUCAUCGUGUGACUACCGCGAAGUGGAGAGGAAGCGUCGGAAAGUGGCCCAGGCACGCGAGAGGCGAGCAACGGUGGUCUUGGGCAUCAUCAUGGGCAGUUUCCUUGCCUGCUGGUAUCCCUUCUUUCAACUCUACACCAUCGACACCGUCUGCGGGAAAUCGUGCAAUAUACCGACAUUCCUCUUCACGUUUGUCUUCUGGAUCGGCUACUGCAAUAGUGCACUGAACCCACUCAUAUACACGAUUUUCAAUAGAGAUUUCCGCAAGGCUUUCAAAAAAGUCCUGGGCAUUGGACGAUGAAAGUCAGCGCCAGGAACAGACUGGGAAUCCUAAAGUAAUUACAGUGGGAAAAAUCACAGGCUUGACAUUGAAAUGAUGGUGCUUGACUGACAGAACGAGGAUGUCCGCGUAUGUCGUAGCACCAUUUCACUACUUUGCAUUAUUACUUAGUGCGGAGUGAAAUACUCUACAAGUGCACCCCAUUUUCAUUCGGUACAUGUACAUCUCUAUGUAAUCUAAGCAUAUAGGUUUGCGUGAAAGCAACUUUCACUUCUUGAAAUUUCAAUAACUACAUGUACAUGUAAAAUUGUACUCAAUAUGCUCGUAUUUUUUGUCAAAAAUAUUGAGCCCUUAGCUGUGUGUCGGUGCCAAUGCUCUGAAACCAAGAACACGCACUCAUACUCGAAGGUGUUUUUCUUACUGCUGAUAUUUCGAGCUAAAUGUAAUGUAUUCUCUAUAGUUUUUUCUUUGCAAAAUGUUCCAUAGACAAACUUUGGAAUCUCUGCGAAAUUAUAACAUGAAAUUAGGUAGGUGCCACAAUAAUUAGCCUGUCGUUCAGAAGAAAAAAAUUAAACACAUUCAACCCGACCUCCCGCCCCAUUCCCCGCAAAAAUCCGUACUUCCCCCUUCGUUAUGGCCUCUCUUUUUGGAAUUUUACUCUCUUAAUCUUUGACCGCCAUCAUUUAUCGGUCCAUUAUUGCCGUUCACCGCUUUCCACUUUGGUUCCGUUCCAUUUAAGUCUCUCUCCCCUCCCCCUCUCUCUUUCUCUCGAAAUCUCGGCACUUUGGAAGGGGAACACAUCCUAGUUUAGGCCUAAUAGUAUCCUCUGGCUUCUGCCUUCACUUGAAAUAUCGGGGAGAAUCUACGUACUCGGAAUGGGAGAUUGAUGAGGUUUUUCUCCUGCGAAUGUAAGACAGGGAGAAAGAGAGAGAAGUAUAGCGACCUGAAUCCUGUGCGAAACACUGCAUUAGCUGGUAUGCGAUUGCUGUUGGGAAGUUUAUAAACCCCUUAACGGAUUUGUAACAAAAAAGCCGCGGUUCGUUUUGAGCGAAUGCGAAAAUGUUUGCAGCCGAAAUAUGGUUACCAUUGUGUCAGAUGGAGUAAGACUUCUCUCUCUCUCUCUCCUUCCCCUUCCUCCUGAUAAUGGAACAUCAAUGUUAGCCUGCGGUGUCAAAAAAAUGUCUGGGAUCAUGUAAGGCACAUUUGUCCCCCCGAAGUCGUCAUUGAUUCAGGCAGACGUGCACUUAGAAAAUGGCCAGGGGAGUGCUUGUGCGGAAAGAUCGGUCCUUCGUUUUGCCAAGCUACGCCGCAGGUCUGGGGAUCGGAAGCAUCGAGUCGAAACCAAACAACAGAAAAUAUCAAAUUCGUACAUUAGCUUGUGCGUAAAUAGCAAAGACACAUGCUGUUCGGUGACGGUAAUCGGUCAAAAUAUUCCAAAAUGAAAGGCGGCGAGAUUAUCAACCGGGGGGGAGGGCUCUCAAAUUCACGGGACAAAACAAUUUUUAUUGAGUGGUCGGAUCCGUCUGGAGCUAACUGUCCACUGGGAGUAAUGGUGGAUGGAAGGUGCUUCGGUUUUCAUUCACGGGUUCCCCUUUCUGGGCCAGUGCUGAAACUCUGUGACAGAAUGUUGUUCUUUUUCACCAAAGAAUCGGCUUGAAUUUUGCGCUCAGCUAUAUGCUCGACAAUGCCACUUGGGAAUUAAGCGGAAUAUAUUGAUGUUUGCAACGUUGACGUUGAUUUUAAAUUGGGGGAAAAAGUAUAGUCGGGAAACACACCUUAUAAGUCGUUCUUUGCUUCCAGUUUCACCGAGGUGAAAAAUGUCGCAACAAAAGGUCUACUGAAGCUAUCAAUUCAGGCCACUGUUCCCAUCGACACACAGUGUAAGAUAUAACGCUUCUGUCAAUCGCACAAAGCAAAGAAAACAUAUUAGGACCGCAGGGAUUACUUCCAUCUUCCUGGAUUAAACAGGCGUUCGUGACGCAGACAGGAACUGGUAAAAUCUGUGACUGUUUAGGCAACGGAAAACAAGACAGGUAUUUAACAAAAACACAAGAUGGCUUUGGGCGCGUUGAGUUUCGUUCUUCAGUGAAAACACCCAUGUGGCCGCGAAGGCAUUCUCGGCAUCAGUUGCCGAAUUGGACGAUUGCUGAUCACCCGGUCGACAGGGAAAACAGACCUUGGGCGAUCGCCGUUGAUGGGAUCAUCUUUUGAUGUGGCCCGCCUCCGUGUCGGACAUCGGCAAGCAGGGACAUAGGGGAGCCGAUCGGUGCGAGAUUGCCAUGCAUGACGCGAAGACCGGGCAGUAUGGCCCGAGUUGGUGACCCCUCUGUCGUACAUGGGAAUGCGCCAUGCAGUACCCGGGCGUGUAGCAGUUAAGAUCGUGUUCAAUCGGCAAUGACAGGCCAACAACCUCUGAACAUCGCCUCGAGUAUUGAUAUUACCAGCGAAAGAACGUAGCAAAGUGCCGUGAAGUUUGGGGCAAUCCUGCGCAUGGUCUUGCAUAUGCAAAAAAAUUUCUAACUGAAAAAAAUCCCCCUGAUCAGUCACGAUCGGUAUUUUGUAUGUAGUCUUUUAAUUCCCCCAAACCAGUUGGUGUUUUUUUAACUCGAAACUUGUACAAAAUUUACGGCAGAAAUGAACUCAUGUUGAGAAUCCGAUAUCCAUUCGCCAAGCAACAGUCAUUCGCUUUUAUGUACUUUUGUUUACCGCUUUGGUAGCUCAAGCAAACAAUAAGCAAGACAAACAUCUGCUGAAAAAUAUCCUCACUGUCCAUGGAGAGCUGGCCUAUUGGCAUUGUUAUGAAAUUGUUUAUUUUUGUUAAAUUGAAUUGUUCUUUUUCUUGGAAUACGUUUCACUUAGAGUCUUUUUAAAACAAAUUCUAUUUACAGUUAGGGAUUAAUCCUGUAUAUGAAUGUGUUGCAUUUGUUUGCCAAGAGAAGUGAUUCAGUUUGACUUCCUUGGAAGUCAGUCAUUUUAUUGUAAUAAUUUCUCCAAUUUAAUCGAUUGUGGCAUUUAUCCCUUGCAGCUUUUCAUAUCCCUGAGUUGCUUUAAGUUAUUCACCGAGCGGAGUCUUUCCCCAGUUUAUGUUUAAUACGUCACAGAUACGUCAAUGUGGAAUGAACAUGCUCAGUUUAGAAUCAGGCGACUCGGGUGACGUAGCAACCCCCCCCCCUUGCCUGCCAAACGAGAAAUUAAAGUCAGUUACGAAUUCCCCGCUUGUGCAUUAAGGGUAAAAUGACUUUAACAAGGACACUUUGCCCCAUUUAAAAAAGACUGUUAGCUGUGUUCCCCCCAAUGGUGUGGCAUUAUUGUAAAAGAAAUUGAGUCACGAAGGGUUUAGUCAAACAAAAUUACGUCGUCUUGCUGGAGAAAGACAAGUUACAUGGUUGUUGAAUCUGUGGCAGUAAUGUCUGGUGUUAGUGAAUUCGUGUGCAUAUACAGUUGUCGCCUGUAUAAUCACCGCAAUAUGUUAUCAGGGUCGUCAGAGGGGUGAUUCUUCGGCUUCGAGCUAUUGCGCGCCCGCCUCAGAGACGAUGUAGGAUUUUAUAACAAUCGUUAACCUGAUCGACUGGCUGGUGUGAGAGGCAGAUUGGAGUGGUUGUCAACAUACAACGUGUGCACUUUGACAAUUAGUCAUCUGCGUAGGUCGCCUCGACUGUCAAAAUGCAGAUGAUGAUGCAUACACCCUGCUCGUCGCGUCAUGCCGGCCAAGUCCGGCAAGUUUUCAAACAUGCUUGCCCGGAUGUGUUUAACAGGCUUUACAAUGUACAAAGCGCCAAGGAGACGGUGAACAGUAUGCACACGGUUUUGAUCUGGGAUCAUCAUCAAACGCCAUUCUUUUAAUGCCGCGUUUGCUAUUGUAAUGGAGUUUUACGUUAUGUAACUUCGAGUCCUCUCGACCUGUCCGCUUUAUGACAGAUCUGUUUUACCCGCAGACACGGACCUAUUCGCCGUCACAAUUUGCCAAAUAAACAUCCAUUCAUUUUGUCCUAAAGGCGAUGUGGGUACCACCCAACCGUAUGACGUGUUUACAUAAUCCACAAGAUGUUGACAUUGCUGGUUGUACAGUAAACCUUGCAUUCUGAACUCUGUUAUAACCAAACUGCGGAUGGACACAAUAUUACCAUCCAUCAUUGAACACAUGAAUGUACCUGUAUUUUCAAUUUUUUCAAAUUCAAUUUUUUUUUUAUAUGUUACAAUGAUAUCUUUCAGUUCCGAUCUGAUAUUCAUCUCAGAAAACCUCGUAUUUAUAAAUUCCAGGAAAGGUCACGUGAGAGUUGGCUAAUAUUACUGGGCUACAGGCAUAGUGUUAAUCAUAAAUUGUGUACCCAAAUGGGUUGGAGUUGUGAAGUCCGGUAAUAUCUGGAAAAAGGAUUUCAUUUUUAUUCGGCCGGCAUUUGACUCACUGCUGGUGAUGAAUAAGCGGUACAGGUCGACUCUUUCUCCAGUGUUACACGGACAAUAGCCAGCCACCGGCUAUUUUGUAUAAUCGCCAAUUAACCCCUCCUUCUUUUUACGGGCCACCAACACAUCCGUCGGAGUUAUUUAUACCACGACUAAUUUGUCACGUGCGUAUAUUAAUAGAGCCAUGGUCGACACCGCUUAGGGAAACUUACCGUUGAUCUGUCAUAUCUAAGCAAACACGCUUAAAAGCUUUCUUGUGUGCCCAACACACAUCAAAUGAUCAAUGUGUGGAAGUAUUUUCCCGGGUUGGCAGCGUGAUAUUGACAAUAAGUAGACGGUCGAUUCGAUGAUAAUUCUUGCAACAUUUCUAUUCCCGGCCCACCUGACUGGGCUAAUUAUGUUAUCACCAUUCAUCCUUCAAUAAUUUGUUUUGAUAUACAAAUGUACACGACGCCGUUUUAUUUCAGCGAUUGACCAAGUUUGAGUGACCCCCAUUAAUUUUUUUGUAUACUCUUUACCAAAUCUUGCUCUAGCGUUAUUUGGUUAUGGAGCAGAGCCCAGUCGGUAUGCGGACAACGGACGUCCAAACUGACGCAACCACUGAGACUUACACAGACGGUCCAGCAGAUACACUCACAGACAGGUGACUAACGAACCCUCAAAGAACUCACCGAAAACAAAUGACUGCUUUGAACUGAACAAUUAUCAGUCUUGAUUCAGCCAAAACUAUAAAAAGGACGAUUGUGUUGAAGCUAUAUUUGCGUUCCAAUAAAUCUACUUGCUAUUACUAUUUUUUGCUGAAAAUGGCAAAAAUUCAAUGAGGCAAAUGGAAUCAAUAAUCCCUGGCACUUGUAGGAUGUGUCUGUAAUGUGUGCCACUCCUUUACCUCAGAACUUUAUUUUGCCUAAAGACUUCAGUUACACAUGAAAGUGGUUUUUCCUCCAACAUAAGUCUGGCAUGUUCAUGAAAACCGUAACAGACAAUUCAACUUAAGCAUUAAAAAAUGCUUUCUUCACUUAAACGUCUUUCUUUAAUCAAAACUUGAUAGUUUUGCCUUGCUAAUAAAAAUAUCACCGACGGACAAAAAGGUAUAGGCCUAGAUUAUUGUGACGGUACAAAAAAAACCAAAACAAAACUAAACCAAUAAAAAAAAAAACACCCACGGACAAAGUUACGACGAUAGACACUCUGGCCGGUGCUUUGCAAUAGGUAGUAUAUAAUUGAUUAACUUUUGCCCCGGUUGAAAGCCAUCCCCUUGAAUAUUUGACACACAUGUUGGUUGAAAAACGACUGGGAAGGAAUGGGGUUAAUCAAUGAAACGCACAUCCAUUCUCGCCCAAUUUUUGUUUCGGUUGCAAUAGUGUAUCGUUGCUAUCCAAUUAAAACUAUUCCGCGACUUUUUUUGAGAGAGGUUGCAGUGAUUUCAGCAAGCGCAUUAACUAUGGCUUUCUUAGGUUAAGGCUCAACGGAUGAUUGCGAAAAUACAUGUGAUUUUUCCCAUGGAUUAUAUUUUACUAGAAUUCAGUUACUCUUUGUAAGUUUUGACCAAUGUAUCAACGAAGCGUGGAAAAGUGUCACUUAUCUAGUGUAUACAUUAUUCCAAAAGUUUUUUUGGGAUUGAAAAAGGUCCAACUUUGUCACUUCUUUCUGAAGGAUAAUCAUGAAAUUGCGUAAAAACAGAGUCGUGGACAAUUUUAAACAAGUACAUUAUUAACUUAGCUAUAUCUGAAUGAUUACAUGGUGUUAAUUUCGUUGUCUUUUUGCAACUGUUCGAGGACAGAGUGAAAGUCGUUUAUAAGUAGUAUUCGUUGGUUCAGUACUCCAUUAUCACUCAUUAACGUCCAUAACAAAACUACGCUUGGAUCUGCAUUUGGAUAUUUUUCCUUGUUCUAUUUUGCUUUGGGAAAUACUUCUUCUUUGUUUUCAAGCAUUUCAUAUUUCGCAAAGAUAUUCUAGUGAAGGCUAAACCAUUCAGUUAUUGAAUGUAACCUGCAAUACAAUUAUGCAUUCCACAUUUAGUUUUGGCAUAGUCUCCUCGGUAACUCAAGUGGCGGCAGGAGUCGCGAGGAUUCGAGAGGUAAUCGACAGAUCGUGUAGUUUUUUCUAAGAAACAAUUUCCUACCAGGUACAGCUCACUGUGUGUCACUAAAUACUAGUCUAUGAACAGACAUAUCAUUGUCAGUUAAGCCUCAUUUUCUUACAUUCGUUUGGACUGACCUUAGCCUGGCGUCCAGCCAACAUUUCUGUGCAAUUGGCACUUUCCAACCAAAGUACGAGUAAUCAGGAGUAGGCUUUAGAGAUGCCAGGUUUGUUUGAGGGAUAAAGAUCGGUUUUGAGGAUUAAGAUACGAUGAAAAUCAUGUGGUGUUUACGGCCAAAGACGCUGAUCUGGUAGAGAGUUUCUGAGAAAUUCAGGUGUCCAAUGAAACAACAAUGGAAACUUCAGCGCAGUCUUGUAAAGCUGAAGAGCCGUAUACCUCCACAUGCGAUUAAGAUUCGAUAAGAUGGCUGUUGCCAAGCUUUUCAGCUAAGGUAGCGACUGAUGCAUCGUCUCCCAGAAGUACAAGCCCGGAGCUUGCCGUUGCUCCAAUCUCAUGACAAUACUUCGUGACUGAACAGCCAUCUUCUUAAUUUUGGCCAGCCACAUAACGAUCUCUCCCCAACCUUUCCUUGAUAAAGGGCAAAGCACUAAGGUUCAGCGGGAUCCAGCUCUCUAUCUCUCUCGCGUGAAUUCAUUUUUGUUGGCAUGUGUGUAAUCAUCUUGCCAAUGUACUUUCCACUUCCACAACCCUCGACUCAGACACCGAGCGUACUACGAUUUCCAAGGGUCGGAGAACCAUUUCAGAUGCAACGGUUAAAAAGCAUAUUAUACAGACCCAUCUGGUUAAUAGUACAACGAAAGAAAACCGUGAUCUAAAAUCCAUCUUUUCAAUAACUGCCAUGGAUUUGUAGUACUUAUAUAUUCCCGCUGUUACUUUAAUCAUUAACAUUUUGUUUGCAUUUUCCCUUGAAGGAUCUCGUUAUUGAUACAGAACACACAAUCUCUUGGUGAGGGUAUAUAGUAAUUAUCCUGUAUUGUUCAUCUAACGUCCACGCAAGAAAUUAGAUGUUAAUUACUCCCUCUUGCAAUGUCCUGAAUGUUGAUAACGCUGAUUUCAAUUUGUGCAGUUAUCUACGCCAUUUUGUUCUCUACAAGCUUGAAGGAUGCCGCCUCUCUGUGUUGAAAUAAUUGUGGCUGUGCGUUUGUACACGUGCGUUAAAUAAAGAGUA